GCAGAUCACACUUCUCACGUGAUCCAACUGAGCCGAUCAUCGGAGCUCUCAGUUCAAGCCGAGCUCUCUACAUGCGAGCAGUCGCAAGCAGGAGGCUCUCUCGAGCUCUCCUCUCCGCUGCAGCUGUUCCUUCUUCCCGCUCGCUACGAACGCUGACUGCUCUCCCGCCGCAUUCUCCCCUCGCGUUCGACCGUUCUGGCGCCGCCUCUGCAUCGCCGGCGGGGCAGCUCUUCCUGUCCCCCUGGUCCAUCAUCCAACACCGCGGAGUCAAAAUUCAAGGCUCUGAAGUAAGACCAGGCAAUGUCAUUGAAAGAAAAGGGCAUCUCUAUGAGGUCGUGAAAGCUGAACAUAACCAACAGGGCAGAGGAUCUGCUCUGAUACAGGUCGAGCUUCGUGAUGUUGAAAGUGGAAAUAAAGUAAAUGCUCGUUUUAAUACAGAUGAAUCUAUAGCAAAGGUGUUUGUGGAGGAGAAGUCUUUCACAUGUAUGUGCACAAUUAAUGAUGAAGUUGCUCUGAUAGACCCCGCUACAUUUGAGCAAUUAGAUGUGAAAAAGGAUUUGUUUGGCAAGAAUGCAGUUUAUCUAGAAGAGGAAAUGAAGGUUACGUUGCGGCUCUUCGAUGAUAGACCUCUCUCAGGAUCGAUUCCAAAGCGUGUGAUUUGCAUUGUCAAAGAAACCCCACCUCAGGUGAAGGGGGUGUCUGCUACACCUGCGGAAAAAAGGGCUUUGCUGGACAAUGGACUUACUGUGAAAGUGCCUUCGUUCAUUGAAACUGGUGAAGCAAUUCUUGUCAAUACCGAAGAUGACUCUUACAUAAGCAGGGCCAAGGAGUGGCACACUAAUUCAUAAUUGAGAGAAAUGGUGCAGUGGGCCUGAACCGAUACUGACGGCAUUAUUUUCUGGAAAGAAUUGGAGUUUCUUAUGUCUGGGCAAUUCCAACUACGUCAGGACAGGCUGUGGGUUAGUCACCACAGGAUGCAAAUUUUUGGAUUGCAUGAUUCCAUUACAGAGAAUAAUGGACUGUUUAGCAGUUUUGGUUGAAAUAUAGCUGGGAUAUUCAAAAUGCAGCAUCUCAUUUUCGGAGAUGAUCCACUUAAGUUCUCCGAAAUGGGCCAGGGCAAAUAUUUUGGUGGCUGCGAUUGUGAAUUUAGACUCAUUGAAUAAUGUACUACAACAUCUGGGAUGCUGUGAGUUCGAUCAUUUGUUAAAUUGGGGAUUUCUUCUUCUAGCCACUGAUUCAUGUUCUAUUUGUUACA